AUGGAGGUGGGUAGGCGUGAGCUAGAAAAGAUGAUCGACGAAGGCGACGAACGGAUAAAGGAGAUUGAGAAAGCGAAAGAAGCCGCCAUUCCUUAUCCCGAGCUCCUGGCAUAUGCACAGAGCCUCAGCGCGUUCACCUCCGCACCGCCCAACAUGCCCGAUCUCACUCUCCCCGGACAGCCGCCCCCGCCCCUGUUCUUCCCCCCAUUUCCCAACGAAGAGAAGAUGCGCCGCGGGAGGCUCAAUGCCGAAGCUCCUCUUGGUUUAUUGGGCGAGACCCACUCCGUAGGCAGACCGCCUACUGUGUCACCUACCAGACCGCCAGAUGGCGGCGCCCACUUGGCCCCGGGUGCCACCGUCUACAGACCCGAUCAGCGACCGCCGCAGCAAUUGUUCGACCUUGAUCUUGACCUCAAUCCUGACUUGUAG